GCUGCUUGUAAUCUUCACUCUCUCUCCAUCUGACUGAAAAAGCAAUACAGGAAUUAUUGGUAGAAACUGAAGGAUUAUUAAGAGAUAACAUCCAAAACUGUGACUUCCAAGGGCAGCUGUUAAACGUAAAAGUUAUUCAGAGGUAAACAAAGUUUAAGUUUCACUACCUAGUGCAGUAUCUAGUGUUCUACAAUGGCAGAAUAUGUCCCUUCAAGGCUGCUGGCCACUCUGGAGAAUCUGAAUACAAAAGAGCUGGAGAGAUUUCACUGGCAACUGAGCAAUGGCAAUCUGAAACAUUUUCCUCACAUUUCAAAGGCUCAUCUGGAGAAUGCCAACAGGCAUGACACUGUGGAUAGGAUGGUGAAUACCUACGGCGAUAACGGAGCUUUCGCCGUCACAUCCAUUAUCCUAAAGAACAAUGAACAAAACAAACUUGCUAGGAAUUUAGAGAGAGAUGCUGAAAAGGAACUAGCACAGAAAACAAACCAUCUGGACUGCACAUUGGAAGAGUUUGGAGACAGAGGAGAAGAGAGGGAAGAGGGGAAAUUGGUGAGUGAGCUGAAGGACAAACUGAAAUCUGACUUAACACUUCUGGAGGACAAGCUGGAGAAAUGUGAAAACGUCAGAGAGAGCUACGAUAGCAUGACUCAGCACACCAAGGACCAGCAGGUGGACACAAAGAGGAGGAUCAGGGAGGAGUUUGAGAAGCUCCACCAGUUCCUGAGAGAGGAAGAGGAGGCCAGACUGGCUGCGCUGAGGGAGGAAGAGGAGGUAAAGGCGAUGAUAAUUGAGAGAGGCAUGGAGAGCCUUGAGGAGCAGAUCUUCUCUCUCACAAAUGUCAUUGAGGCCGUGAAAGAGGACCUGAAGAAAGGCUGUGAACAAUUCCUUGUGAGUUACAAAGACACCCAGAGCAGCGCCAGAGCCCAUUGUGAACUUCCGGAUCCACAGCUCGUCUCCGGAGCGCUGAUCGACAUGGCCAAACACCUGGGCAACCUGCAGUUCCAAGUCUGGGAGCAGAUGCGGGGGAUAGUCAAACACUCGCCUGUGAUUUUGGACCCCAACACGGCUCCCUCCACUAUGGCUCUGUCUGAUGACCUCACCAGCGUGCGACACACGGCCAUAGAACAGCAGAAGGUUCCGGACAACCCAGAGCGGUUCACACGGUGGGCAAAGGUCCUUGGCUCCGUAGGCUUCGCGAAGGGUUCGAAGACGCACAGCUGGGAGGUGGAGGUGGGCGAACAACCUGAGUGGAAUCUAGGCGUGGCUGCAGAUUUCGUCAAUCGGAAGGGAGAAGAUCUUCUUGCAUCACCAGAAUACGGAAUCUGGGCUUUACUGAAAAGGCGUCAUGAGUAUACAAAUGGAAUGGGUAAAAAGCUCACUCUGAGGAGAAGACCCCAGAGGAUCAGAGUACAGCUAAACUACGAGAGGGGGGAAGUGGCUUUCUAUGACCCCAAAGACAAUACACACAUCUACACUCAUAAACACAGGUUUACUGAGAGGGUCUACCCAUACAUUUCUGUUUGGAAGAUAAAAGAUGCCAUCAACUGUGAUAUACAGAUCUGCCAAUCAGAGGUGUCUGUGACAGUAAAAUCAUAUCAGUGAGGUAUGUGCAUGUAUCGAUACAAUCCUCUCAGAUCUUCACAGGUGUAUCUGUUUCAAUAGUGUAAGACUCAGAAAGGCAUGCGUAUUUAUGUAUUAAUUAACCCUCCCGUUGUCCU